AUGUCAUGCAAGACUAUUGCAAAGAAGCAUCCUAGAAAAGGAAGUCAAAAUGGCAAUACAACGCAAAAAUUUAUUCAUCAAUUUGAAAGUGUAUUAAACGAAGAUAUGGUUACAAUUACAAAUUCAACACAAUCAACUUCAUCUGCAUCAUCGACAAGAAACAAACGGACAAUUAUGGAAAGUAUGAACGAAACAUCAAAUCAAGACGAAUCAGCCGAUAGUAUGGAAGAGAGUACGGAUGUUGAUUCUCGUAAAUCAGAAGUUUGGCGUUAUGCUGAAAAGCUUCCAGGUGGCAAAGCCAAAUGUAAUAGUUGCGAACUUAUAAUUUCGUGCAAAGAUCAUAAUACAACCGGCAUUCGUCGACACUUAUCUCGAUGUUUGAACCUUUCUCAAUUUAUUAGUGUCAAAUCAAACUUUCGACAAAUCGAUCAAUCAUGA